CGAUUACGAUGUGAUAAUAGAAGUCACUUCCUGGAAGUGGUGCUUGGAAAUGGAGCAUACCUUUCCCACAAGGAGAGGUAUAUCAAAUUGGAAGAUGACUAUGACGCUUGUUACCACGUGAAUGGCGAGUUGAGUACAAUCCGCAAGACCUAUUGCAAAAAGAACACGAUAGGCUGUGACUCUGCGGAAAUCGCUGCUCCGGAGAACCUGAAAAGCUAUGCUCGCAUCGGCGUCACUGGUGUAGAGGCAGUGGAUCAUAAUCUUACUAUAUUCCCAGUUUACUGGCAAGUGCCUUCAGACUCUCUGUCAACUCGCCAGCAAGCGGCAGCCGCUGCGGAGUCAGCGGCAGCGGGACCUUCCUCGCCUUUACCACCCACUCCCGGGCGUCGUGCCAACCGUAAACGGCCAGCUAGUCGCAGACGGUGGUUUCUCGUGGUCAACUGCCCAAGUUCACCCCGGAGAGGCACUUCCAACACAUUGUCGGAAAGUUACCCAUGGACACAACUCGUUUCUUCUCGGAAACUAGCCGUUCCCAUCCAAUCCGGACUCGAUUACUUCCGCUAUACCGCUCGCUGUCUGGUCACAUUCCUCCAGGUGGAUAUCUCUCUCCCAAGUACGUGA